CAAUAUGGCGGGUUAGAAUCACAAAAGCCAGCUUUGGUGAUUGUAAAGUUGUUUUAACCAUUCAUUACAAGGAUUUCGACAUCGGUUGGACUUCAGACACAUGCAAAAUUGUCAUAUGAAGAUUUAGGACUUUUGUUUUACGUGGUUGGAGUAGUGUAAUCCAUCAUGAAGACUGUUUAUGGGGAGCGAACCUGACAUCACUUUGAGUUCGAGUGAGUCAGCAUCCGAACCUGAGAUAAGAAAACACUAGGAAAUUUUGGCAUCAUGAAAAUAAGAAACAAAUUCAAGUUGUGAUAACCACGUGUCUGGAACUCGCGCUACACACGUGUGUAAAAUGUAUUAAUUUCAGAUGUGGCUGUCCUCACCAACCAGUAACUAAUGCCCACUUCGUCCGACAUGGCUGAGGAGCAAAUUGUCAUCGCUAAGUAUGACUACAAGGCGGAGAAUGCUCAAGAACUCGACAUAAAAAAGAAUGAGAAACUUGUUCUACUGGACGACACUCGUGGAUGGUGGAAAGUCCAAAACAGUCGCAAUAAAUCUGGCUUUGUACCAUCAAAUUUCGUCAAGCGUUCUAAGACAUCCAAGUUUCUCACAAGUUUGCGCAAUACGCUUGGUAGAAAAAAUAAAGGGGAAGGCAAAGUAACAGUUACAAGUCCCAUGGUAAGUCGAAACGGUGAUACAGGAAGUGACCAGAACAGCACUAGUAGUGACGUACAAAUAUGUGACCCUUCCCCUGCCAUAUCAAAGUUCACAUACGCCGCACAGCAACCAGACGAACUGUCACUCACAAAAGGUGAGAGGGUGAUGGUUUUAGAGAAAUCUUCUGAUGGCUGGUGGAAGGGUAGGAAAGCAGAUAAUAUAACUACAGGUUGGUUUCCUUCUAAUUAUGUUGAUUUAGAACAGACUGAAAAUGAUGGGUCCAUGUACACUACGGCUGCCGCUCUGGAAUGCCCCCAACCUCCACUACCAGAGCCGGAUGCACAGGAAACAGUCACCACGAUAUGUCCCUUCAAUAGUACUAACUCGGAGGAACUCAGUUUUGAAAAGGGCGAAAGGUUAGUGAUCAUAGAAAAGCCUUCCAUUGAUCCGGAAUGGUGGAAGGCAAGAAAUGGGCGUGGUGAGGCUGGUCUUGUGCCACGUAAUUAUGUACAAACUGUUGAGGACAGUGAGGGAGAAACCGCUACGAACACAAGCUCGUGUACGCCGCAGUCCCAAUCCACAAGUAGUCUAUCCAACGCCUCAAAUCUCAGUGUGGUCGGCAAUAGAAAACAAUUCCGUGUGUCUGGUCCCAUGGCCGAGAAAGACUGGUUCUAUGGUAAAAUCACUCGGCAGGAAUGUGAAGAUGUGUUGAAAAAGUUUGCAGAUGAAGGAGAUUUUCUUAUCCGUGAGAGUGAAUCUGCUGCUGGGAACUUUACUGUGGUGUUAAAAGCAAGUGAGAGAAAUAAACACUUUCGUGUUCAAGUGAAUGAUAAUAUGUACCAGAUCGGCCAACAGAAAUUCAGCUCCCUGGACGAGUUGAUAGAGCAUUAUAAAAGACAUCCAAUAUUCAAGCAGGAAAAUGAAAAACUCUACCUUGUCAAAGCAUUUGUGUAUCCCUCAGAAUUCUAACGUACCCUAAAGGGGGGUGGGGCUAUUAUAUUAAAUUGUGUGUUUUCUGUCAUCCCUCAGAGUUUUAAAGAUACUUUGUAGGGAUGCGGCUGUUGUAUUAAUUGUGUCAAACCUUUCAUCCUAACAUUGAUCAUGUGCACUUGAUGUAGAUAUAUCAGUCAGUCUUACCAUUCUCCAUGUGUUAGAGCAUCACACCUGCUUAUUGAGCUACUUUACAUGAACAAUAUUAUGUACCUCCUUUUUUGAAGAGUUCCAUAAUAAUUAAGAAAAAAUGUUAUUUUAUCCUGCAAUAAGGAUGGGCCCAGCACAUAACCUCAGAGGCGCCAUAGAUAGGGCUUAUUACAGCACAAUAAAAUUGCAUGUGUUGAUAAUUUUACUGAUUAGGCAAUUGAUACAGCUGGACUUAUGACAAGGCAUAUGCUUUAUGGUGGACAAAUGAAUCAUUGAACACUUUCUGGAUCAUUUUGCAAAUUUAUUUCUAAAUCUUUCUGGAUCAGAUACUUUUUGUAUUAUGUUGAUAUUUUUAAGUUUAAGUGCUCCAUUUCAUAAGCAAUGAAUAAUAAUAAUGACACAAAAUUUAAAGUUUAUGAGUAGCUACAAACUCUCUUCAUGAAUAUUGUAGUAAAUUCUGUUUAAUUUGAUCUGUGUACGUAGAUACAAAUUAAGUUUCAUGAUUUAAUAAUUUCUCUUUGAGCAACAUAUUUAAGCAUCUUUUAAAUCUUUCUCAUGAAGAAUGUUGUGACUGUUUGAAUUUUACAUUUGUGCAUACCUUAUAAUUAUAAGGCCUGUGAUUCCAUAUCUAUGGAUGGAAGUAUUGACAGUAAAUUUUAAUUAAUGGUAAUUAAUUUACAUCUUAGUCAUCAACACUUCAGCAUGAGUAAAUAUACAUGUACCCUGAACAAUGUUAAACAAAGAUAUAUUCUUGUGUCCCUAGCUCUGUGUAUUUGUAGGUAUUUAUAUAUUAUAUGUACAGAAAUAAACUUUCCAUUCUCAUAUCCAUGGGUGUUCUGUACCGGUAGAUGUACAAGAAAAUGUGUAGUUCAAUUGGUCUCUUCAGUUGUCUUCAAAUUUAAAACAAAUGCAUUGACAUUUUCAAUUUAGCAAUACAUAUUUACAUGUACACGAAAUAACAUGGAUUUGAGAAUGGAAACAAAUGACUUCUUCAUAUAUGAAUAUAUAUAUUAGGACAAAAUGAUGAAUGUUACAUAAGUCGUUAUUUAUCAAAACCUGUACAUGUUUGGUAGAUCACAGCUCAAAAUCCUGCCACCAUAUUACAAUAAAUGGAUAUUUUUAUUUGCGCAUUAUCUUAACAAAUUAGUCAUUGGUAGAACAAUCAGAAAAGUAAGUAUUUAUUUUUAAAAAAA